CCGGCGAGCCUAGUGGUUAGCGAUGCUGCCGCUGCCGUCGCUGCCGUCGCUGCUGCUGCUGCUGCUGCUGCUGCUGCUGGGGUCGCCGCAGGGCUGCGUUGAGGGCACGGCGGCGGCGGUCACCCCUGAGCGGGUCCUCGAGUGGCAGGAUAAAGGAAUAUUUGUUAUCCAAAGUGAGAGCCUCAAGAAAUGCAUUCAAGCAGGUAAAUCUACACUGACCCUGGAGAACUGCAAGCAACCAGACAAGUACAUGCUGUGGAAAUGGGUUUCAAACUACCACCUCUUUAACCUAGGAGGCAGCAGUUGCCUGGGCCUGAACUUAUCCAAUCCAGAGCAACCAUUAAGCUUAUAUGAAUGUGAUUCCACCUACGUUUCCUUGAGGUGGCACUGUGCCAGGAGGAUGAUCACAGGCCCCCUGCAGUACAUGGUCCAGGUGAAACACAACACCACGGUUGUGGCCUCUCGGAAAUAUCUUCAUAAAUGGAUUUCUUAUAUGUCAGGUGGUGGAGACAUUUGUGAAUAUCUGCACAAAGAUUUGUAUACAAUCAAAGGCAAUGCCCACGGGAUGCCAUGUAUGUUUCCCUUCCAGUAUAACCGUCGGUGGCAUCAUGAAUGUACCCGGGAAGGUCGGGAAGAUGACUCACUGUGGUGUGCCACAACAAGCCGAUAUGAAAGAGAUGAAAAGUGGGGAUUUUGCCCAGAUCCAACCUCUGCAAAAGUCAGUUGUGACACUAUUUGGGAGAAGGACCUCAAUUCACAUAUUUGCUACCAAUUCAACCUGCUUUCAUCUCUCUCUUGGAGUGAGGCACAUUCUUCAUGCCAGAUGCAGGGAGGUGCUUUAUUGAGUAUUGCGGAUGAAUCUGAAGAAAAUUUUAUAAGGAAGCACAUGAGUGGUAAAUCAGUGGAAGUGUGGAUAGGUCUGAACCAGCUGGAUGGAAACGCGGGCUGGCAGUGGUCUGAUGGAACACCACUCAACUAUCUGAACUGGAGACCAGACAUACAUUUUGAGUCAUUUGUUGAAUAUCACUGUGGAACAUUUAAUUCAUUUAUGCCAAGUGCCUGGAGGAGUCAUGAUUGUGAGUCUACCUUGCCUUAUAUAUGUAAAAAAUUCCUAAACCACACUGAUCACGAAAUAGUUGAAAAAGAUACUUGGAAAUAUUAUGCUACCGACUGUGAGCCUGGCUGGAAACCCUACAAUCGUAACUGCUACAAACUUCAGAAAGAAGAAAAAACCUGGCAUGAGGCUUUGUAUUCUUGCCAGUCUGAUAACAGUACGUUAAUAGACAUAGCUUCGUUAGCAGAGGUGGAGUUUUUUGUGACCCUCCUUGGAGAUGAAAAUGCGUCAGAAACAUGGAUUGGGUUGAGCAGCGAUAAAAUUCCAGUUUCCUUUGAAUGGUCUAAUGGCUCUUCAGUCAUCUUUACUAAUUGGCAUAUACUUGAGCCCCAAAUUUUUCCAAAUAGAAGCCAGCUAUGUGUCUCAGCAGAGCAGUCUGAGGGACACUGGCAAGUUCAAAAUUGUGAAGAAACACUUUUUUAUGUUUGUAAAAAAGCAGGCCAUGUCCUUUCUGACACUGAAUCAGGAUGCCAAGCGGGAUGGGAGAAACAUGGUGGAUACUGUUACAAAAUUGACACAGUCCUUCGAAGCUUUGACCAUGCAUCCAGUGGUUAUUACUGUCCACCUGCACUUGUAACCAUUACAAACAGGUUUGAACAAGCUUUUAUUACCAGUUUGAUCAGCGGUGUGGUAAAAACGAAGGACAGUUAUUUUUGGAUAGCUCUUCAAGACCAAAAUAAUACAGGAGAGUACACUUGGAAGGCAACUGGGCAGACCCCGGAGCCAGUGCAGUACACUCACUGGAACGCGUACCAACCCCGCUACAGUGGUGGCUGUGUUGCCAUGAAAGGAAGUCGUCCGUUUGGUCGCUGGGAAGUGAAGGACUGUAGACGCUUCAAGGCAAUGUCCCUGUGCAAGCAGCCAAUUGAAAAUCGAGAGAAAGCCGAACAUGAAGAGAGAUGGCCCUUUCAUUCUUGCUAUUUGGACUGGGAGUCAGAGCCUGGCCUGGCCAGUUGCUUUAAGGUUUUUCAUAGUGAAAAAGUCUUGAUGAAAAGAACAUGGAGAGAAGCUGAGGCAUUCUGUGAAGAAUUUGGAGCUCAUCUUGCAAGCUUUGCCCAUAUUGAGGAAGAAAAUUUUGUGAAUGAGCUUUUACGUUCAAAAUUUAAUUGGACAGAAGAAAGGCAGUUCUGGAUUGGAUUUAAUAAAAGAAACCCAUUGAAUGCUGACUCUUGGGAGUGGUCUGAUGGAACUCCUGUUGUCUCUUCAUUUUUAGACAAUACUUAUUUUGAAGAAGAUGCAAGAAAGUGUGCUGUGUAUAAAGCAAACAAAACAUUGCUUCCCUUGCACUGUGGUUCCAAACGUGAAUGGAUAUGCAAAAUUCAAAGAGAUGUGAGACCCAAGAUUCCAUCCUGGUAUCAGUACGAUGCCCCCUGGCUCUUUUAUCAGGAUGCAGAAUACCUUUUUCAUACCUAUGCCUCAGAAUGGCUGUCCUUCGAGUUUGUCUGUGGCUGGCUGCGCAGUGACCUUCUCACAAUUCAUUCUGCACAUGAACAGAACUUCAUCCACAGCAAAAUAAAAGCGCUAUCAAAGUAUGGUGCAAAUUGGUGGAUUGGACUUCAAGAAGAAAGAGCCAAUGAUGAAUUUCGCUGGAGAGAUGGAACACCUGUAAUAUACCAAAACUGGGAGAAAGGAAGAGAAAGACCUAUGAAUAAUCAGAGCCUGAGAUGUGGCUUUAUUUCUUCCAUGACAGGACUCUGGGGUAGUGAAGACUGUUCCGUUUCCAUGCCUAGUAUCUGUAAGAGAAAAAAGAUUUGGGUCUUAGAGAAAGAGAAAGAUGUAUCGCAAAAACAUGGAACAUGUCCCAAAGGAUGGCUAUAUUUUAACUAUAAGUGCCUUUUGGUGAAUAUCCCCAAAGACCGGAACAGUCAGAAGAGCUGGAUGCAGGCUCGAGAUUUCUGCGCUGGGGAAGGGGGGAUGCUGGUUGCCAUUGAGAGUGAAGUGGAGCAAGCUUUCAUUACUAUGAAUCUUUUUGGCCAGACCACUAAUGUGUGGAUAGGGUUGCAAAAUGAUGAUUAUGAAAAAUGGCUAAAUGGAAAGCCUGUGGCAUAUUCUAAUUGGUCUCCAUUUGAUAUAAUAAAUAUUCCAAGUCACAACACCACUGAAGUGCAGAAAGACAUUCCUCUCUGUGCCUUAGUGUCAAACAAUCCUAAUUUUCAUUUCACUGGAAAAUGGUAUUUUGAAGACUGUGGAAAAGAAGGCUAUGGGUUUGUUUGUGAAAAAAUGCAAGAUACUUCUGGACACCUUGUAAAUGCAUCUGAUAUGUAUCCAAUCCCCAAUACCUUAGAAUAUGGAAACAGGACUUACAAAAUAAUUAAUGCAAAUAUGACUUGGUAUGCAGCGAUAAAAACCUGCCUGAUGCACGGAGCAGAACUGGUCAGCAUCACAGACCAGUAUCACCAGUCCUUCCUCACCGUCAUCCUCAACCGGCUAGGAUAUGCCCACUGGAUUGGCCUGUUCACUUCAGAUAAUGGUCUUAAUUUCGACUGGUCAGAUGGCACCAAGUCCUCUUUCACUUUUUGGAAAGAUGAGGAGUCAUCCUUCCUUGGUGACUGUGUUUUUGCCGACACCAGCGGACACUGGCAUAGCACAGCCUGUGAAUCAUUUCUUCAGGGCGCCAUUUGUCAUGUGCCCACUGAAACAAGACCAAUUGAAUACCCAGAGUUGUGCUCAGAAACAUCUAUUCCCUGGAUAAAAUUUAGAAGUAAUUGCUACAGUUUUUCUACAGUCCUAGACAGUAUGAGUUUUGAGGCUGCUCAUGAAUUUUGCAAAAAGGAAGGAUCUCAUCUUUUAACAAUCAAGAAUGAGGCUGAAAAUGCAUUUCUCCUAGAAGAGCUUUUUGCUUUUGGUUCUUCUGUCCAGAUGGUUUGGUUGAAUGCUCAAUUUGAUGAUAACAAUGAAACCAUAAAGUGGUUUGAUGGAACUCCCAUAGAACAGUCCAACUGGGGCAUUCGGAAGCCAGACAUGGAUCACUUCAAGCCCCAUCGAUGUGUUGCCCUGAGGAUCCCUGAGGGAGUGUGGCAGUUAUCCCCAUGUCAAGAAAAAAAAGGCUUUAUAUGUAAAAUGGAAGCAGAUAUUCACACUACAAAGGAACACCCAGGAAAAGGACCAAGUCACAGCACUGUUCCUCUUUCAGUAGCACUGAUACUGAUAGUAGUCCUGGCCAUUUUCAUACUUUCCUUCUGCAUAUACAAGCAGAAUAGCGGAUUUUUCAGGAGACUUGCAGGGUUUGGGCAUCCUUACUAUCCUGCAACCAACUUUAGUACAGUACAUUUAGAAGAAAAUAUUCUCAUUUCUGAUCUUGAGAAGAAUGACCAAUAACAAUGAAGUCAGAGAAUGCCACAGCCACGAGGAGAAGCAAUGAAGACUAAAUGGGGCAUCCCUUCUGUGUCUCCCUUUACAGACCAGCUGCCAUUAGAAUGUGAAUUGGGUCACUAUUUUAAUUAUUCUUGAGGUGAUUACUGGUUUUGAGUUGUAACCAAAUCAGAUGGGUUUUGAUUUAUUCAUUUCCCUAAACUGUGAUCCAUUCUUAAAAAGGGAAAAUUAUUCAAUGGUUAUUAUUCAAAAAGACAAGAAUGAUUAAAAGAAACUCCCUAUUGAAAACUCU